UCUCUCCCACUUCGAACCCUAACCCCUCUUUUCAAAAAUUUUCGAUUUCCUUUGGCAAUUUUCACCGAAAUUCCACAAACUAUACACACAUACUACUAAAUCUUGGUGAUUUGUUGUUGAUUUGCGCAGGGAGGCUUCAAGAAGGGUACAAAUUUCUCCAAAAACCCAUUCUACCAAGAACGCCCACAAGGUGUUCGACGAAUUGCUCGAGUCAAGUUUGGAGGAAUUUUUGCACACCAAUCCACUUCUAAUCCCUUCUACACACAUUCUCAAGUCAUGGGGAAACGAGGACGUGACGGAGAGGGCACUUCCAAAGGCGAAAGCACUUCAAAGGGCAAGGGGAAGGGCAAGAAAACCGACCAAAUUCCGACUCCCGACGACGACGCUUUUUGUGUCGAAGGCGCUAGUGCUCGCUUCGAGAAGCAAAAGGGGAAGAAACUAGUGACGGAGCGUGCCUACGAAAUCACCCUUCCACAAUUUGCCCCGUUACAUCAAGAAUUCCUACGACGAGGGUGGCAAGCACUAUUGGAACCGGAGGGUUCAAUCAACCUAUCAUUGGUCCGCGAGUUCUACGCCAACAACCAUAUCCACCUCACAGAGGAGCGGACCGUGAGCACUGUUCGAGGCAAGAGGGUCGAGUGGAAUGCCUACGACAUCAAUUCCUUCUAUCACCUCCGACACAUGACACCAUUCAAUUGGGGGCAACUGCAACUUGCAGUCACACGAGAUCACAUCGCCGAGGUGUUGUGCGAUGGACCCCCCAUUUGGUCCGAACUAUGUGCCAACCUCAUUCCCACCCGCUCGUGGACUCGCGUGGACCCCGAACGGUGCGCUUUGGCAUACUACAUCCUCAAGGGCACCCCGAUCAACAUUGGCGUCAUCAUAUCCGGCCGAUUUUGGACCUCCAUGGUCAACAACUCCAAGGGGUUUUAUUUCCCUUGCCUCAUUACCGGCUUAUGCAAGAAGGCGAAGGUCCCAACCAAACCGACGGACAUUUUCACAUCAAUUCGGAAUCCGAUGAAUGACCUUGCGGCCCGGCAAUACAAGGCACCCAUCCAAGAUGGCGAGCAACCAGUCGAGAACCAACCAAUAACUCCACCCGAGGGUCCAAGCACAAGUUCGGACCGGCGAUUUCAAAGACGAAUGGAGCGUGAGUUGGUGAUAACGAGAAAUCGGCUUGCCACGGUGGAGCACAAGGUGAGCACGAUCGAGUCCCUCCAACGGUGGUCGGGAAAGAUGCUUCAAGCCAUUGUGCGACAUUUGGCGUGCGGCAAUCCCGAGUGCACCGAACCGGCUCCUUUGCCCGCACCGAUCCUUGAACCGGUACCCGAGCUUUCGGAUGAGGAAGAUGAUGGUGAUGCUCUUGCACAUGGUGGAGUUGGAGCGCAACCCGACGAUGGUCCGGACGCUUAAAAACAGGUGUUUUCUAUCCUUAAACUCCGGGCAAAUCACAUUGAGGGCAAUGUGAAUUUUAAGUUUGGGGGUGGUUAAUCACUUGUUUUCGUUUAUGUGCGCUUUAUGUGUGUUUUAUUUUUUUUAUUUAUUUUUCAUGCUUUAGUUUUUGUUUUAGUUGUCGUUUUAUUAUUUUCUUUUUUG